CCUCAAUUGACUUAUCAAACUUCACAUUUUUUUUACUUUUAUUAUGACUGCCACAAAAAGAAAAAAUCCACUCAUUCUUAAUGCCUUCGAUAUGGGAUGUAGUGGAUUACAAUGUCCUGGAUUAUGGAAACAUCCUGAUGAUAAAUCCCGUGAAUAUAACACUAUAGAAUAUUGGACUUAUUUAGCUAAACUUUUAGAAAAGGGGAAAUUCAAUGCAUUAUUUAUUGCGGAUGUUUUAGGAGCUUAUGAUGUUUAUAAUGGACCUCGAAAUUUUACGGCUGCUGCUAAAUCAGGAGCUCAAUUCCCCGUAAAUGAACCAAGUGCUGUGGUUAGUGCUAUGGCUGCCGUUACAAAGAAUUUAUCAUUUGCCAUUACUUUCAGUACUAUAAGUGAAGCACCUUAUCAUUUCACCAGAAGAUUAGCUACCUUGGAUCAUUUAACUAGAGGUAGAAUUGGGUGGAAUAUUGUUUCAUCAUAUUUAGAUAGUGCUGCCAGAAAUUUAUUAAAUGGUGAACCUUUAACUCCUCAUGAUGAAAGAUAUGAUAAAGCUCAAGAAUAUCUUGAAGUAGUAUAUCAAUUGUUUUUAUCAAGUUGGGCUGAUGAUGCUUUGAAAUAUGAUAGAAAAACUGGUAUUUUUGCUGAUCCAACCAGAAUUAGAGAAAUCAAUUAUGACGGGAAAUAUUAUAAUGUUCCAGGUCCAAAUAUUACUGAACCUACUCCUCAAAGAUUACCUGUUAUUUUACAAGCUGGUGCUUCUAAAAAGGGGUUAGAAUUUGCCGCUAGAAAUGCCGAAGCAGUAUUCAUCACCGGUUUAACUCCUGAAGUUUUAAAACAUAAAAUUGAUGAAUUAAAAGCAUUAGCUGCAAGUUAUGGAAGAGAUCCAUCUGAAAUUAAAACUUUCCAAUUAGUUACUAUCAUUGUAGCACCAACUCAUGAUGAAGCAGUUGCAAAAUACGAAGAAUACAAUAAAUAUAGUGAUAUUGAAGGAGCACAAGCCUUAUUUGGAGGUUGGACAGGUAUUGAUUUAUCUAAAUAUGACUAUGAUGAAGAAUUAACUAAAGUUGAAAGUAAUGCUGUUAGAAGUUUUGCUGAUUCAUGGACUAAGAAAUUACCGGGUGAACCUGAAGAAUUGAAGAAAACGAGAGGUUAUUUAUCCGAGCAUAUUGCAAUUGGUGGGGUUGGAGUGGUUAUUUAUGGAUCUCCUGAAGAAGUGGCUGAUCAAAUUGAACAUUGGGUGGAUGUAUCUGGAGUUGAUGGAUUUAAUCUAACUUAUGCUGUGACUCCAGCUACUUAUGAAGAUAUUGUGGAAUAUUUAAUUCCAGAAUUAAGGAAAAGAGAGUUAGUAUGGGAUGAUUAUCCAAAGGAAAACCUUACAUUUAGAGAAAAUUUAUAUGGUAUUGAAGGAGAAGAUCCAUCUUAUCUUUCUAAAACUCAUCCCGCUCAUGAUUUGAGAUGGAAAGCUGAUGAAUCUAAAGAAGAAUUUGAAAAGAAAUUUAACAACACCAUUAAAGAAAAAUUCACUUUUGAUAAGUAGUUGUUUAUACAUAUUUCCAUAAUUUUCUCUUUUUAUUACUUUAUUAUUUAUUUAUUAUAUUCGAGUUGUUAUUAUCUAAGCCAAUUAACUAUAUAUUAUAUCAUCUUAUUAGUAUGCACCCCACCGGAUCAUUUGUAAUUUGCAACCACAAUUUCGGUUCGGAACCAAGUUCCCAAUUGGGA